UCGCAGUUGCCGAGGCGACCGUUAAGCGACUCCAGCGGAAACCUCUGCUGUCACUUAGCGCCCAAGCGACAGCUGAAACUCGCGUCAGAGCUCCCGCGGCAGCAAUGGCACAGGAAACCCCGAGGGCGGCUCGAGACCGCGCAGCUGCGCGGUCCAAGGUGGAGAAGGCGCGCCCACCCACGGUGCCGGUGCCACAGGUGGACAUCGUCCCGGGGCGGCUGAGCGAGGCGGAGUGGAUCGCGCUGCUGGUGCUUGAGGAGGGCGAGGACGUGGUGGGCGACAUCUUGGCUGACCUGCUAGCUUGUGUCAUGGACUCUGCCUUCCAAGUCUACCUGAACCAGCAGUGCAUCCCGUUCACCGUCAACCAGGCCCGGGAGGCCAUGCUGCAGAUCGUCCAGUGGCGCUUCUUAGCCCGUGACGAGGGUGAAUACGCAAUGGCCGAGGACCCCACGUGGGGUGAGGAUGAGGAGCCACAGGCGUGUGUGACAGACACCUGGGCUCAGGGCGCGGUGCCCGUGGUGCAGGCGCCUGACUUCGACAGUCUGGAGGACUUGGAAAUCGAAGAGGAAGAGGUAGAGGAGGACAAGGACCAAGACCCUGGGAACCCGGACCGGAAUCUUUUAGGAAGAUUGUGGCUGACUAGAGGCUCCCAAGAGCGGUCUCCAGAGCAGAGAGCCACCCCUGGCUCUCUGACCACACCCGAGCUCCUUCAGAAGGCAAGGCCUGGAGGGACUUUACCGGAACCUGGCGUCCAGGCGACAAAUCAGUACUUGGCUGGGUCCUUGAAUAGGAGUUCGCAGCUGUCCGGGGAGGCCAUGUGUGUCCAGGGUCCCCACUCUUUGUUGGAGCCAUCCCAAGUAGCCAGCCCUCAGGCUUCUGCAGACAGUGGGCAGACCCUGGACUCCUUGUUGUUCACAGACCCCUCCUCUUGCACCCCCCAGCUGGAUGCAGCUGCAGAGGGGAUGCCCAGCAUGCCCUGGGGCCUGUCCUGUCUCUCUGGGGACGACCUCACUGUGCUCAGCUCCUCUGAGUCAGUGUGGUCUCCCGAGCUGUGGGACUCAGAUGUGCCUCACUCCUGGGCUGCCCUCAAGGCGCGUCUGGACGCUGCAGGGUUUUCCCACCACUCUGUGCACUCCUUGACUGAGAUCAUGGUCCCAGACUCUAAAUCUCAACCCUUGGAAGCCUUCCAGGGGCGCCAGCGGCGCGGAAAGACAGAGGCCAGUGGCAGACCUCAAGGUCCUGGGCUUGGUGACCGUGUUUCCUUAGCAGCUUUCUUGCCUCUCCAGUCUAACAUUCCUUUCUGUGCUAUAGACCCAGACCCCGCUUUAAACGUAGGCCCACUCCGGCCAUCCUCCAGGUCAAAGGUGCCAUUUCCCAGCCGUGGGACCCACUUCCUUUCCAAGCACCCAACGCUGGCUGAAGUUCCUCAAAGCCCUAGUCCUAAAUCAUGGCCCAGUGCCAAUUGGCCAAGUGGCUUCGAGGGGGAAGCUGAGCUUCUGGGUGAGCUGUGGGCUGGCCGGACCCGGGUGCCUCCACAGGGCUUGGAGCUUGCUGACAAGGAAGAUCAGCAUUUUGGAUGGCCACAAAUGGCACCUCGGAUCCUUGAGGCCUCAUCCCAGAUGCUGUGGAAGCCCAUGGUGCAGCCAGAAGCCAUGAAACUGGCUCCUGGUGUGAGCAUGUGGAACCAGAGUACCCAAGUCCGUCUCAGAUCUGCUGUCCCCCAGGAGGAGCCCAAAGAAGGAGGCACACCUUCUUCAGUUGACCAGCAUGCCCUCCAGACAGGUGUGCCCAAGCCCCAGAUGACUGGGGCAGAGCUAGUGAAGGCUACCCCCAAAGCAUGGCUGCUUCCUUAUAAGUCUGUGCGUGAUUCUGAGUCCUAAACAUCUGCCAGGGUGAACAGGACCUUCCCCUGCCUAUGCAAAA